AUGGCGUCUUCGAACGACCCAUUUCAAUUUCAAGAAUUUGAAGAGAACAACCUCCUGGCAACUGACAAAGAUUCCACCACCAUCAGUAUCGAGGAUGAUUUUAUAAACCAGAAGUCCUCCAGUGGUUUUGUUUCCAGUCUUGAUAAUGAAGACCCCAUGGUCGAAGAUGACAAAGCUGAGCUUCUCUCAGGGCAGAAGAAAAAAAGCAUCCCUUUCUGGACUUUUGAAUACUACCAACAGUUUUUUGAUGUUGACACACGCCAUGUGAAAGAAAGAAUCAUUGGAUCGGUGCUGCCUUGGCCAGGAAAGAACUUCAUACAUGUGUACCUUCGCAGGAAUCCUGAUCUCUACGGACCGUUCUGGAUCUGCACCACUCUUGUGUUUGCCAUCGCCAUCAGUGGUAACAUCUCCACCUUUCUGGUGAACCUUGGCAAGCCAGACUAUAAAUAUACACCCGAGUUUGGAAAAGUGACCAUAGCUGCGACAGCCAUCUUCUGCUAUGCUUGGCUUGUACCUCUUGCCGUGUGGGGUUUCCUACUGUGGAGGAACAACAAGAUCAUGAACUUGGUGUCUUAUUCCUUCAUGGAGAUUGUCUGCGUGUACGGAUACUCCCUUUCUAUUUACAUUCCCGCUGUGGUUCUAUGGAUCUUCCCAUAUGAGUGGCUGCGGUGGCUUUCCAUCGUGGUGGCACUCUGCCUCUCCGGCUCCGUCUUAGUCAUCACCUUCUGGCCGGCCGUCCGUGACGACCAGCCCAAGAUGAUUGCAGCAGUCAUGUCAUCCAUCGUGUUGCUCAACGUCCUACUCGCCGUUGGUUGCAAAGCAUAUUUCUUCAGCAAAGCAGAGCCAAUGCCAGUGCUAGUGCCAGCGCCUGUCAAGCCAUCGCCUGUCAAGCCGUUAACAACUGCAGUAGUCCGCCCGCACACAUGA